CAAAUGGUGGCUUAAGCCCACUAAAUUAAACCCCUUCCCAAAGCUUCAUCGUUGCCGUCAUCCUCCUCUGCCAACGUAGUCCACUCGUGCGAACGCCAUCAAGAGGAAACCCCGACCCCAAUUCCCAGUCCUCGGCCGCUCGAUCCAGUAUCCACGUCCCGCGUCGAUCGCUUCCCUUCCCUUCGAUCACUCGGUGAUCUUGGAGCGGCGGCAGUGGCGAUGUCUCUCCAGCCUCAGAGACCGAUUUGUUGCCCGAGAGCGGUCCCGGAGCACACCCGCUUCCGGAUUAGGCCGGUUCAUGGGCUCUUUUCCCACUCAACGUUAGGGUUUCGAGAAGUUACAAGAAUCGGGACUACCCCUUGCAUGCUGGCAAGUUCAGGCAGGCGCCCGAGAAGGACCUUGACUCCCGGGACCAAAGCGUCGACUCGGAAAGGAUUUGCACCUAGGCCGCAAGUUGGAACGAGCACUCAAAAGAAAGAUCAAAAUGACGCUCAAGAAGAAGAAGUGUCUGGAAGUUCUGGUUCUAAACAACCUGCAAUUUCUAGCAGCGGAACAACUGAUAGAAAAGUUACUGGUGACGCACAGUCUGCUGAAAUUGUUCCAACUUCAAGAAUGUCAAGCAAUCUAGUCAAAAGGAGAAUAGAUAUACUGGAGGAAGCGGAGCAACAAGGCCAGGGGAAUGAUGAGACAGAUCAACAAAUUUUCACUGACAUGCCUUCUGAUUCUACUGACUUUGCUGAAACUGAUGGACAAAUAGCUGAUGUUGGGAUUGAAGGAGAUGGACUUGGUCUGAGAUAUAAAAAUAUUGCAGUUGAUCAUAGCAACAAAGGAAUUGGAAAGGAGACCAUGAUUGACCAAUUCACUGAAGCUGGAAUUGGAAAGGAGAUCACAACUGAACGAUUCAGCAAAGUGGGAGUUGGAAAGGACACCGUGACUGACCAGUUCAAUGAUGUGGGAAUUCGAAAGGAGACCAUGACUGAUGAGUUCAGUGAUGCUGGAAUUGGAGAGGAGACCAUGGCUGAUCAGUUCAGUGAAGUGGGAAAACAAAUGAUUUAUGUUAAAAAUCAGAUAGGCAGAAUAACCAUAGCAGAAAUGACAGAAAUAGCUGGUGAAGAGGAGAAAAAACUAGCUGUGGUUGAGAGUAGUUUGGAUAUCAGUGAUGUGGAGGAACUGGCUGAAGCUCAUGAUAGUACAGAAAAUGCCGUGUUAGAUAUGGAGGAAUCACUACUCAAACAGAAGGCAGAUAUGGAAGCAAAAGCACAAAGGCAGCUAUUGGAGAAUCUUGCUGAUGAAAAUUUUUCAGAAGGGAUUAAAGUAUUCGUUGUUCCACAAGUGGUGAAUCCUGACCAAGUUAUUGAAAUUUUCUUUAACCGAAGCUUAUCAGCUUUAGCAAAUGAACCUGAUGUUUUGAUCAAGGGUGCAUACAAUGGUUGGAGAUGGCAAUUUUUUACUGAAAAGCUGCAGAAAACUGAUCUUAAAGGGGAUUGGUGGUCUUGUCGACUUUCUGUGCCCAAGGAAGCAUAUAAAGUGGAUUUUGUCUUUUUUAAUGGUGCUGAUGCAUAUGAGAAUAAUAAUUCAAAGGAUUUUUCUCUACCUGUAGAAGGUGGUAUGGAUGAAACUGCUUUUGAAGAUCUCUUACUUGAAGAAAAACACAGGGAAAUUGAAAAACUUGCUGCAGAGCAAGCUGAAAAGGAAAGGCAGGCUGAAGAACACCGCCAAAAGGCAGCAGAAAAGGCUGCAAGUGAGGCUGACAAAGCGCAAGCAAAGAUCGAGGCAGAGAAACGAAGGCAUCAUUUGCAUCAUCUGAUGAAAUUGGCUUCAGAAUCUGCUAGCCACAUAUGGCAAAUAGAGCCUAAUUUUUUUGAAGGAGGUGAUAGAGUGAGAUUGUAUUAUAACCGAAGUUCCCGUCCACUUGCUCAUGCCACAGAGAUCUGGAUUCAUGGUGGUCAUAACAUCUGGAGUGAAGGACUGUCCAUUAUCGAGAAGCUUUCCCAUUCUGAAAAAAGAGAUGGUGAUUGGUGGUCUGCAGAUGUUGUUGUACCUGAUCGAGCACUGGUUCUGGAUUGGGUUUUUGCUGAUGGUCCACCAGGGAAGGCAGUUGUUUAUGAUAAUAACAACAGGCAAGAUUUCCAUGCUACUGUACCAAAGAGCAUGCCUGGAGAACUGUUCUGGGUCGAAGAAGAACACCGAAUCUACAGAAAGCUUCAGGAAGAGCGAAGAGCAAGAGAAGAGGCUGUUCAUAAGAAGGCUGAGAAAACUGCACGCAUGAAGGCUGAAACAAAGGAAAAGACAAUGAAAAUGUUUUUGCUGUCUCAAAAACACAUAGUCUAUACAGAGCCAAUUGAUGUGCGAGCUGGAAGUGUUAUCACUGUUUUAUAUAAUCCCUCCAAUACAGUUCUAAACGGCAAGCCAGAGGUUUGGUUUAGAUGCUCAUUUAACCGUUGGAGUCACCAUAAUGGCCCCCUACCACCCCAGAAAAUGGUGCCUGCAGAAAAUGCUUCACAUCUCAAAGCAACUGUGAAGGUCCCAAUGGAUGCUUAUAUGAUGGAUUUUGUUUUUUCGGAGAGAGAAGAUGGUGGAAUCUAUGAUAACAGAAAUGGGAUGGACUAUCAUAUUCCUGUCAUUGGAGGAAUUGCAAAGGAACCUCCCAUGCAUAUCGUACAUAUUGCUGUUGAGAUGGCACCUAUAGCAAAGGUCGGUGGCCUUGGUGAUGUUGUUACAAGUCUUUCUCGUGCUGUUCAAGAUUUAGGCCAUACAGUUGAUGUUGUUCUUCCAAAAUAUAAUUGUAUGAAUCUCAGUAAUGUUAAAGACCUCCAUUUCCGUAAUAGCUUUGCUUGGGAUGGAAUGGAAAUAAAUGUUUGGUUCGGACAGGUUGAGGGCCUUCCUGUAUACUUUCUAGAGCCCCAAAAUGGGAUGUUUUCAGUUGGGUGCAUAUAUGGAAGGAAUGAUGAUGGGCAUAGAUUUGGAUUCUUUUGUCAUGCUGCUCUUGAGUUUCUUCUUCAAAGUGGAUUUCAACCGGAUAUUUUGCACUGUCAUGACUGGUCUAGUGCUCCUGUAGCUUGGUUAUUCAAGGAACACUAUGCUCAUUAUGGGCUGAGUAAUGCUCGAGUUAUCUUCACAAUUCAUAAUCUUGAGUUUGGGGUGCACAACAUUGGCAGAGCAAUGGCAUAUGCUGACAAGGCUACAACUGUUUCACAAACAUAUUCAAGGGAAGUUGCUGGAAAUCCUGCAAUAUCUUCUCACCUUCACAAAUUCCAUGGUAUCGUGAAUGGUAUAGAUCCAGAUAUCUGGGACCCAUACGAUGAUCACUUUAUCCCGGUGCCUUACACACCAGAGAAUGUUGUUGCGGGUAAGAAGGCUGCUAAAGAGGCAUUGCAGCAAAGACUUGGAUUGAGAAGAUCUGAUCAUCCUUUGGUAGGGAUAAUUACCCGCCUGACAGUUCAGAAGGGAAUUCACCUCAUCAAACAUGCUGUUGGGCAAACACUUGAGCGCAAUGGGCAGGUCGUUCUGCUUGGUUCAGCUCCGGAUUCUCGUAUACAGAAUGAUUUUGCUCACUUGGCAGAUCAGUUGCACUCUUCCCAUGCUGGCCGUGUCCGUUUUUGUUUGACCUAUGAUGAACCUCUUUCUCAUCUGAUUUAUGCUGGUGCAGACUUCAUUCUUGUUCCAUCACUUUUUGAACCAUGUGGCUUAACCCAACUUAUAGCUAUGAGAUACGGCUCCAUUCCGGUUGUUCGUAGAACUGGAGGGCUUUAUGACACAGUCUUUGACAUUGACAAUGAUAAAGAAAGAGCUCGUGCGCAAGGUCUUGAACCAAAUGGGUUUAGCUUCGAGGGAGCUGAUCCUUCUGGCGUGGACUAUGCUCUCAACAGAGCAAUCUCUGCUUGGUUUGAUGCACGGGAAUGGUUCAACUCACUUUGCAAGCGCGUGAUGGAACAAGACUGGUCUUGGAAUCGGCCUGCUUUAGACUAUAUGGAGCUAUACCAUUCGGCACGGAAGUAAAACUUGAUAGUAAGGGGAGAGAAUUUUUGUGCACUAGUUUUAAAAUCUUUGUACAGUCGUGGUCUAUCAUUCCUUGUGUUUGCUAGUUCUGUAUUCUUAAAGAUAAGAGUCAGUGUCCAUUCUAGGCUCAAAUCAAGUUGUUAUUUAUGCAAUUCUUAGAGUCAAGUUUAACAUGUCUCUUCAUUUGAUGCAUUUUGAGUCUUUGCAAUAAUAUGACAUUAAAAUAUUGUUCUACUAUUCAAACAUCAUGUAUUUUCUUUUUCUUGUUCUUUGCUUGUGGAAGAAUAAAAUAAUCUUGUCUCA